AUUGCCUUGCCUCAACCUACCUCUCUUCCGACCACCUCGCUUCCCACCUCCUCCGCUGUCAGCACUUGUUGCCGCGACUUCUGCUGCACAGCGCCACAUUCGUUGCUUGGCUAGCUGUAACCACUCUUGGCGGGCUAUUUCAACGACGCCUGCUUCAGCCGAAACGCAUUUGGUUGUUGUGAUUCUCGGCACCGACCCGCGCAACCAACCCGUUCUCUCAGACACGUCCUAUCGUAUCAUCACUAGUCGGCUCCAGAAGCUCCCAUGGCGUCAUCUGUUUCCCCGUUUAGCUGCCCGCACCUGCACCGCACCGCAUCGCCGCCGCCGGCCAGUUGCAAGCUUGGCGAGGCACAAACGACGUAUUCCUUCACACCUUCCCUGAGCUCUGAAGGCGCCUUGUUGCCGUCCUCCCUGGAGACUGGACGCUGGCUGAAUGUCCAUUGGAGGUACUGCGACAAGUACGAUUUUUUCUACAUUUAUUUUCAACGAGUAUCCGCCACUGAGCUAGCUUCUGCGACGCAUACUGUGAGUGAAGAUGAUGAGGACUUCCACUUUUUCCGCUUGAGCGGUUCAACGAAUUUGAGUGUGCUUGGCAUCGCGCAUUGUUCGACCCGCCUGCCAUUCCACACGAAAUGGACGACUCGUGAGAGGAUCAAUGGCAAACCGCCGUUGGAACUGAAGCCCGUCUACGACCAAGAGGCUGAUUGUGUUCGGCUCUGCUUCACGACCGACCGAAUCCGCUCGUGCGUUCAAGAGGAGGUCGCUCCAAACCUUGUGGCCGACUACGAUCAAAACAGAAUCGUUCUUGCCGUGGAGGUGAUUGGUGCGUGUGACAAGCUGCCCAAGCUGUAGCGCCUUUCAUUUGGGGGGCUAACUCCAAUCAUUGCUUGGUCUAGCAAAUGUUGGAGCAGAUUGAAGGCGACGAGCCUCUUUGUGGCCGCCUUGGGGUCGGCUGGCAGUUCCUCAUUCAAAAGCUGCUGUAGAGAGGGCCUCGACGAGAGCGACGUCCGCAACCGGCCACUUGCGUAUCUCGUGGUCAGCCGGAAGGUUCAAAAUGGAACUGAGGAUGAGGUGUUGGUCGAUGACGUCUCCAAGAGUACGGUCCAUUAUGUCAAUGUGAAAGAAACGUGCGUUGAAGAUCAGUCGAAAGCGGGCGAAAGCAAAAAGUUCAUUGACAGACUGGAUGCAUCGGACCAGACUUGACGCUUCGGAACUUCACAUACUGCCGCACCGUCCUCAUAUCUUAGAAAUUAUUGAGUCCUCGCACAAGAGUCUCAACUCCUGAAAAAAAUUGGAAACUGCACUUCCCACCCUCUCAUCUCUCGUCUUUUCUCUGCAACCCUCUCCUUGUCCUUGUCGCGUUCCAACUCCCCUUAUUUCAAAAAGUGUUGUUUGUCGGAAAACCGCUGUUGCUCGUCGGAAA